GGAGCCACUAUGUUGUGUUUGCACAUGGAGACAGGUGACUUCCUGUCUUGUACACUCGAGUAAAGGCCACACACUCAUCAGUGUAACCUGAUGUAUAGAGAAAGGUCAGACUGUGCCGUGUACUGUAUGUAAUUUCUUCAGCAGGGCACACCAAGGUCAGGCAACUCUACAUGCUCCUGAUUACGGUCUAAUCAAGCUGUCUGCCAUUCACCCAAUCAGCACUGGGCAGCACAAAAGACCAACACACCCUUGAAAAAUUAAUCUGAACUAGGGGCCCCACUUGAGCUACAUUUUUCCACCGCCUGUGGCGUUUAUGUUGUUACAUCAUGCAGCAAAGGCUCUUUCGUGCUCGCUCUGCGCUGCAGCACUGACCAGGAGACAGAUUUCACAUUAGAGGAUGCAGAAAAAUGCAGGUGAUACGAUGGAGGUUCACACUUUAUGGAACGAAACCACUUUGCGCAACGACACCGACGCGACCCACUUUCCUGCGUUUCUUAUCUUCAACUGCACGGUCCUCACGUUGUCUUUAGUUUUGGGUUUACCCGGCAACUUGUGGGUCUGCUGGGUUGUGUUCAGAACCAAGAGUCUGCAGAACUGCAAUAACGCCCUGUUGGUCAGCCUGGCCGCCAGUGACCUGCUGAAGUGCGCCGUGGACACUCCGCUGCUGCUCUUCUCUUUCCUGUGCCAGGGGAAGGACAGCCGGGUGUCCGUGUGCGCCCUGCAGCAGUUCACCUACGCCCUGUGCAGCUGCGUCCAGCUGCUCACUCUGGUCAGCAUCAGCGUGGAGCGCUUCCAAGCCAUCGCCUUCCCCUUUCAAACCGAGAGAAGGAAAGCGAGGGUGCGUCUCUGGAUUACCUCCAUCUGGGCGUGCGGCCUCGUUUUAGCCAUAAUCUCUUUGACUCUCUCCAAAAAGGCGCUUUUCUACAUGCUCUGCCGCUCGCACUUCGGGGGCAGCGGCGGCGACCUUCGCCACACGGAUCCGUUCGGGCCCUACGUGCUGGUGCCGGUGUGGGGACUCUCUCUGACCGUGAUCGUCGUCCACUACGUGCGGAUCUUCAAAGUUGUGAGGCAGCACCGGAAGAAAGUGUUCAACCGCGGGGUCCAGCUGAGGCCCACGGUGGCGGAGCAUGUGUGGGCCUGGUUGAGCGUCCCUCCUUCAGCACCUCGGACAGCUCCGCGGGGCUCCUGCAGGUCUCUGCCCCUCAGUCCGCUGCCUCUCCGCCGGACGAUGCUGCUGGUGGCCGAGGCGGGCGCUCCCUGUGCGGGCGUCGCCGCGGCAAGACCCCCGGAGAUCGUGGGGGCAGUUUGCCUCCUGACCCCCGGAGCCAAGGAGCGAGGCAAGAAACAGAUGGAGGGGAAGCUGGCCCAGCGCUUUGGGUACAUUAUCAUUGCCUUCACGCUUUUCUGGGCGCCCAUGGUGGUUAUUCUGCUCAUGAAUGUCAUCUCUUGGCCGGACAGAUUACUGAUGGAGCUGGAGACAUCAGCCGUGGUUCUGACCUGCGUACAGGCUGCAGUGGAUCCCCUCAUUUACACUUUUGUCACCAGGCAGUUUCGAACUGAACUCAGCAAGAUCCUCUCCUCCAUCCCAGGGUGUCCCCCAAAACCGAGAGGCUGAAGGUUCACUACUUGGGUGUGAACAUGCAUAUGACAAAAGACUGCAUUUUUGGAGCUGAAUCUACCCCUGAAGCUCGGUACGUGUACGAGCCACUAUCUUACGAGUGAUUACAAGGCGGGUGAAGAAGAGAGCCUCACAGAUUGUGUAUUUGUGGCAGAUAUAGAUGUUUUAUCAGGCGUUUCACAGUCGGGACACAAGACAAGGUCAUAAAUAAUAUCCAACACCUGACAAGAUACGCACAGCAGUAGUCUCAACAACGACAGGUGGCAUAGGAGGGCAAAGCAAAGAGUGAGAGGAAAAAACUGACUGAGCCCAGAAAAAAGACAAUCAAAGGAGAGUACAUAACAGAGAAAGAGAGAGACAAACACAACCACAGACCUGUUUUUGCUGUUUGUAAAUAAAAAUGCCAUCCUUUGACACUUUGAGCGGAAUAUAUGCUUACAUAAUAUUUCAAACCGUGUCAUUUUAAAGUGCAGCUUGACACAAAACAACCUGUUUUCAAAACAGGGAAGCAGGAAAUUAACCACGUUUAAUCAAUGUCCUCAGCAACAAAAUACAGGGAGCCUCACCUCUGCCAUUACCUAUGUCAUGCUCCUCUUGUAGACUUCAAUAGAUUCUAAAUGUCGGACUUUAUGCUGUAAAUAUGAAGUCAGUGUCUUUAGCCCCACUUGUAAAAACACAUUUAAAAAGCUCAGUCUGUCUGUGCUUGUUUUCUUUUCUUUUUUUUUUUUUUUUAACUCCAUGUAAAUUUGAACACAGUUUGACUAAACACUAAUACUGGAUCUAGGCAGUUGUUGUCACUGUGUACAGUACUAAAUUACCAGCAAUAGUACUAGAUCACUACUAGAAUACCAGAGGUCAAACACAUCUUGUUCCAACUCUGUAGAAUAGUUUGGGCUUCCUUUGGGUUGUGACUAACCUCAGGAUCAGAGAGAACUAAACCACGAGUCCAACAGACCCUAAGAUGUAGUGAUGCACUGAUAUGGUACCAAUCUGCUGUAUAAUUCCGCCUGUUGCCUGAUGUAAUGAUAUGUCUUUUUUUUUCUCUAAAUCUUAGUACAAAUGCAUAUGCAAAACUGGUUAUGCUUUUAAGAUGUCUCCACCUCAAGCUAAUUAAAUACAUAUUUUUAACGGACCGUGA